AUGGCUGGGUUCACGCACUUUCUCAAGACAAUCUUCAUACCGCUCUUCCUCGCCGCCCUCCUCUACAUCGCCCUCGCGCACGUCCUCCUCCCCUUCAUCCGGCGCCACCGCACCCGCUACUCGCAGUACCUCCCCAUGCCCAGCACCGCUCUGACCUCCACCACCGCCUCCUGGCGCACCCGCAUAUCGGACGCCCUAUUCAACCUCUUCGUGCCCUCGUCCUGGCGAGCCCGGACCGUCGUCGACGGCAGCGGCGCCGAGCACAACGAGGACGAGCUGUUUGACGACGAGGAGGGCGAGGGCAUGAUCGGCUUUGAUCCGAUUGAUGAGCGGAGGAGGGAGGCGCUUGAACAAAGGAGGAGUAUGAUGGGGGAGGACGAGCGGAGGCUGAGUAGGGAGCUCGAGGAGGGGUUUAAGGAUGACAGUGAUGAC